CCAGAACUAAAGGGAGAAUCACUAAUAAAAAAAAUCAAUGGCUACUGCUGUAGUACCCAAAGCUGUUUAUCCAUUUCUUACUAAUCCAUCUUCACUUCCUUAUGCCCACUUAACCACCAAGACACCAUGUUUUAGGCCACUAGACCACUCCCCAUGCACCAAAACUAGACCAAGUGUUCGAACCCAUGCUAAGAAAAAGAACCCAUGGCUGGACCCUUUCGAAGAUGAAGUGGAGGACCCCUACUCCGAAUAUGGUUCAUUGUUCACCGAUGGCAAGCAAGAAGAAGACCCCAGACCCCCUGACAACCCUGACAACCCUUACGGGUUCUUGAAAUUCCCAAUGGGGUUCACUGUGGAGUUGGCUUCAUUGCCGUUGAAAAUCAGAGGUGACGUCAGGAGAUGCUGCUGUGUCAUUUCUGGUGGUGUCUAUGAAAACUUGUUGUUCUUCCCUGUGAUUCAGUUGAUCAAAGACAGAUACCCUGGUGUUCAAGUGGAUAUAUUGGCAUCGGCGAGAGGAAAGCAGACAUUUGAACUGAACAAGAAUGUGAGAUGGGCUAAUGCUUAUGAUCCCGACGAUGACUGGCCUGAUCCUGCUGAAUACACUGACAUGCUUGGCCUUCUUAAGGGUAGGUACUAUGACAUGGUUUUGUCGACAAAACUUGCAGGUCUCGGCCAUGCGGCGUUCUUGUUUAUGACCACUGCUAGAGAUAGAGUGAGCUACAUUUAUCCAAAUGUGAAUGCAGCAGGAGCUGGAUUACUCCUUUCCCAAACUUUUACACCAGAUAGUAUGAAUCUUUCCGAAGCUGGAUAUAACAUGUACCAUCAGAUGGCUGAUUGGUUGGGAAGACCAUUCCGAAGUGUUCCAAGGCAUGAAGUCGGGCCGCUAAGAGUAUCGAUUUCGAGGAAGGUGAAGGAGUUUGUAGCAGGAAAAUACACGAAUGCAGGUGUAGUGAAAGGAAAAUAUAUAGUGAUUCAUGGAAUAGAAUCGGAUUCCAAGGCUUCAAUGCAGUCUAGAGGCGAUACGGAUAGCUUGCUCCCCAUUCAAGUAUGGGCUGAAAUAGCUAAGGAUAUAAGGGAAUUUAAGCCACUUUUUGUCAUUCCACACGAGAAAGAAAGAGAGAAUGUGGAGGAAGAAGUAGAUGAUGCUAAUAUUGUUUUUAUCACUACCCCAGGACAGCUAGCUGCUCUGAUAAACGAUUCAGCUGGGGUGAUUGCAACAAACACAGCGGCUAUACAACUCGCAAAUGCACGAGAGAAACCAAGCAUUGGUCUGUUUUGCUCGGAGCAAAUGGCGAAACUGUUUGUACCGGAUGCAGAAGAGAAGAAAUGUGCCAUUAUCUCAUCCAAGACAGGAAAGUUAAUAGAUAUUGAUGUUGAGGCUGUUAAACAAGCCAUGCAAAUAUUUCAAGAGUCCCUAGCCCUUGUGUAAGAGACAUGUUCAUCUUUUUAUGAUCCUUUGUUUUUCCUAUUCUUCAUUUAGUUCCUGUUUAUCUUCUAUCUUUAUAUAGUGCAAAUGU